AUGAAAGUUAAAAAGGACUUGCAAGGCUGGCUCAAUACCAGCAGUCAGAUCUCUUCAACUUCUCAACACCAGCCUUACGAUAGCGACGACGAGAUGGCACCUGGAGCAGAAGCUCGUGCUGCUAGCAGCGCAGCUGCGACUUUCGCAAUCGGCCAUACACCCGCCGAGGACUGGCCUGCUUUCCUCUCUUUGGCCGAUGCUAGGAUACGCAGCGGCAGUUCCAAGGCGCGCACAUCGUUUCUGAGUGGAGGCUUGGUCACUGCUGCAAAGUCCAAGUGUGAGUGCUGGUGCAAGUCCUUCUCCUUUCUUGAACGCAGAGCCUGAUGCGAACCGCAUGCGCUUUGGUGUCUGCAGCUGUGUCAUCUUCGCAGAGAGCAGAGCUGCUGGCUCGCGUCCUCGACACCUACGGCCGCUUCUCCGAUCGAUCUUCUCAUUUGGCAGCAUUGACGGCGGGGACAACGCUGCUUCGAUGCGAUGCUUCACAGGCCAGGGCGAAUUCGGAAGAGCCCAAGGGGCUGCCUAUGAGAUACGCAGUCGGCUUUCUCUCAAGGGAGGCAGAACGGCUGUGCAAAGCGACGGGUUCAGGACCCACGAGCGCCCCUGCUGUCAGGAUUGCUCUGCUCCGCUGGCUAUGCGCCGUUUUCGCUACGCUCGUGGAUUCGUUCACCAGUAGCGGCACUCUCGAACAAAAAGAUAACGCCAGUCAAUCACCGUAUUGGCAGCCUCUUGUAUCCAACAUUGCCCUCGUGCUGGACUCACUGCUUCGUGGUGAUGAUGAGCUCAAGCCCUCGGGACGAGUCUCGGUGCUGCGGAUAGUGAGGAAGACGGUCCGAAGUGUGAGUGUCUGCUACGAGGUCCAGUGCCGCGUUGGUCAGCUCAGAGUGUGCUGAAGCGCCUCGCUCCACUUUCAGUCCCAUGCGGAGCUUGCUGCCCUGAUCCACACAAUCGUAUCUACACCGACAGGUCCAGCAGCUUUCAGAGCAGUAGUCUUGCUUGGAGUAGUCACGGACGUGGCGUUGAGACUGCGGUCCGGCCAAGAACUGCAAAAGGGCAGUUCCGAUGGAUUUGGUCGGCGCACGCUCAGGGAGGCCAAGCAGGACAUUCUCACAUUUUACACCGCCAACGUCAUCUCCUCCAAGGUGGCCGUGCCUGAGCACGUCCCCGAUUCGCUGAGAGACUUUAUCGCCGCAGAAGUGACAGAGGAGGACGUCACUACACUAAUAAGACCUCCUUUGGAGAAGAUGCUGCUCAGAUCACCCGAAAUUGCGCUCCUUCCUGCAAAUGCUUUCUUCAGCGCUUAUCAUGGCGACUUGACACCGCACCUCAAGGGCCUGCAGGGUUCCAUCAUGUCCGCUUCGAGAUCUAGCGCGCCGGCAACUCGGGCGCGUGCAGUCGCCUUCUUUGGCACUCUGGUCUCGCGCACAGAGAAUGCGACCGCCAUAAAAAAUGUUUCGGAAGACAUGCUCAGCAUAUUAAAGGCUGGCAAAGCGAGCUCGCCCGAGCAAAGAGGGGCUCUCUUUGACAUGCUUGCUGUAGUCAAACCUGCCUCGGACCAAUCUGCCUCGAUCACAGAGGUGAUCGCUGCGGUCCUGGGAAAGGAGAACAACGAAGCUGCGAUGCAGGCUGCUGUGCGAGCCAUCACCUCUCACACUGCUUGGCUUCUGAGGCAGAGCCAGGCACCGCCGGCAUCGGUGGCGACCUCGCUCGCCAAGGAGCUUCAAAAUCCCAAGAUACCUCUGAGGAAAUUGGUCUGCAUUGGCGUCGGCGAGGCCUUGUGGGGCUUGCCUGCUGGAAACGCAACAUCUGCCGCUCUCCGCUUUGGAGAAGCACUCCUGCCCGGCUUCGCCUUCAAUCUGAAAGCCGCAAGUACCAGUCCAUUGACAUCCCAGUCUGGACCUUUGGAGGGCUACAUCGCCGUAGCUGCGCUCACUGGCCGGAUGGGCGGAUGGUCUUCAGCAAAAAUCGACAGCUUCAUCGCGGACAAUGCGGUGAUUCAAGGGAUGGCAGUAGGCGGUGCCAAGCCGUCUUUUGUGCUUUGGGACAAGGUCUAUCGACGAGCUACGGGCCUCGAAGAAGAAACUUGGCACGUGCGAGCUCUAGAAAGUGUCAUCUUGCACUACAGCGCCAAGCUUGCGGGCGAUCAGCCCGCUGGGAUUGCCGCUGCGUUGGCAUUGUCUCAUUGCGUCUUGUCAUCCAAUCAUCGCGAGGCGUCGCAAGCGGCGGUAGAGUCUGUCAGGCACAUCGUCGAGCGCGAUGCGGCCCUGGGACCGCAGCUCGUUCACCUAGGCCUCUCCACGUGGCUCGAGGCUCGGCAUUCUGCCGCACCGACCGCUGGCUCAUCUACGUCGGCGUCGACGGAUGCAGAAGGCGUGACAGUCAAGCCAAAAUCGUACCAAAGGAUCUUGAGGUUGCUGCUGCAAGCUACAAUCCCUUCAACAAAUGACAUAGCCGAAGGCCAAUGCGAAGAUAUCCUGGUGCGAUUCUUGGUACUGGCGCACCAUCCCAUCCUGCAAGACAGGGAUCGAGAUCUUUUCGUGGAUCUCAUGCUCCGAGCCAAGGUCGACCCUCCCGCUUUUGUUGAGCACAAGCUAGCACAAUUGCUGAGCUCUUGCGACGAGGCCAAGGACGUCCCGUACCUGCGCGAAGCUGCAUAUCCAGCAAUGUCCACCUUGGUCUUCAUUGCGCCAUCACUCGUGCCUCAAGCGUUGACGAGUCAAGUGAUCACGAAUGUGGCCAAAGACGACCUGGCAACUCUCACUCAGCAAGACCUAGGGAUCUGGCACACUCCUCCAGGUACCCUGUUCGUCGACAUUCUUGCGGCCAAGAAAGAUAAGCAGGCAGUGGACAAAAACAGGAAGGACGCGAACAUUGAGGCUUGGGAAGCAGAGCUGCGCGAGUCGAUCGCUCGGAAAAAGGCAGCUGCUAACAAGACCUUCACGAAAGAGGAGCAGCGAGCCAUCGAUACGCAACUGAAGCUGGAAGCUGAGGUUCGAGCGCGAGUGACGCUGCUGGAGCAGAAGCUGGUGCAUGCUAUGCGAACCAUUGAUAGCAUCGUCAUGGCGAGGAGUGAAGGAACGCACGAGGUCAUUUCGACCCUCACUCUGCUCGUCUUGGACCUGCUUGCAAGUCCGCAUGCGAUUAUCAUUGCGAAUCAGCAAAUACAUCAGGCAUUCACCUCGCUGGUCUCUGUGCUCUCUCCUCGUCUGGCAGAGUACGAGGCAUCCUUACGUCUUGCCCUUCUCCGAAGCGUCGACGAAGAGCUCAUCUCGGAGGACUUGCGGAGAGAGCCGCUUGGCGACCUCACUCUUCGAGUGCUGUAUCGAGUGCGCUUCGUCAGCGAAGCUGCUCCGUUGGACCUGGGCAGCGUCUCUUUAAUCAGCCCCCUCAUCACACGCGUUAUCAUUAAUGGCGGACUCGGUGUGGCAGAAACGGACGCUGAGAGCAUCGCUGAACAGGUUCAACUCGCCCUCGACUUUAUGGGCUUCCAUGCAGCAGCUUCCGAGGAUUCGCGCUUUCCUCGCAUUCUCUUCGUAGAUAAUGUUGUGCACGUGGUUGCGAAACAUACCCAGCUCGCGCAAGAAGCUGUCGCCAUCUUCCGAUCUUUGGGAGAAGCCAUCAAGACGAACGCCACCCCGGCGGAGAUUGCCGUCAUUCUGAGGCACACUCUCGCUGAUGAGACUUAUGUUCGCUCUGGCAGCUUGCAGGCUUUGCAGCCGCUCGACCUUACGCACAUGGAGUACUGUGUCGAGCUUUGGGUUGCCUGCCACGACUCUGACGGCGAAAAUGCUCGUUUGGCAGAAAAGGCUUGGGAGGAGAACGCGAUGGACGUGCCGAGCUCUUACAUGGCGACGCUUGUGCCUUUGCUCGAGCAUGAAAACAACUUUGUGCGCAUCGCUACCGGAGCAGCCCUCACGGAAGCAGCGCGCCUUCAUCCCGAGUCGGUCACUGCCCUGGUUGGAGAGCUUCGCAAGCUUUACGACUUGCGAGCCGUCGAGUUGAAGCCCGAGCUGGACAUGUAUGGUCUUGUGCGGGACGAAACGGUAGGCCGUGAAGAUCCUUGGCGGGCAAGGGCAGCUGUUGCGCUCGCCUUUCAAAAGCUCGCACCCCUGUUCAACGGCACGGAUGUUGAGCCGUUCUUCGACUUUUUGAUUGCUGGAGGCGCGCUUGGCGAUCGCAAUGAGGAGGUUAGACAGAAGAUGCUCGAGGCUGGCACAGCCGUCAUUGACGCAAGAGGCGGGGACACAUUGUCAGGGCUCAUACACAUGUUUGAGAGUUACCUGUCUCACCCCACACCUGCCUUUGAGCGAGACGACGGGGUGACGGAAGCAGUCAUCAUUCUGUUCGGACGCUUGGCACGCCACCUGGAGCCCGCGGACACGCGCGUCACACAAGUCGUCGAUCGACUGAUCACUGCCCUCGCUACUCCAUCCGAGACGGUGCAAGUCGCUGUGACGGACUGCCUGCCACCGCUAGUCCAAUCUCUGGGCGAUGCGACCUCUCCAAUGGUCGACCGUCUCUUCGCCGAUCUCAUCCAUGGCGAAAAAUAUGCUCUUCGUAGAGGUUCUGCAUAUGGUCUGGCCGGUCUCAUCAAAGGGCGCGGUAUCUCGAGCAUCGCAGAGUAUCGCAUCAUGCAGCGACUAGCCGAUGCGAUUGAAGACAAGAAGAAUGCGCAGAGCAGGCAAGGAGCGAUGAUGGCGUACGAAACCUUCUCUGCCACCUUGCAGCGGCUCUUCGAGCCGUACGUUCCCAGCAUUCUUCCCCACAUGCUUGCCAGCUUUGGCGACACGUCGACGGAUGUGCGCGAAGCCACGCAAGAUACAGCACGUGUUCUCAUGACCAACCUUUCAGGUUACUGCGUCAAGGUCGUCCUUCCGACGCUGCUGGACGGCCUUGAGGACAAACAAUGGAGAACAAAGAAGGGUGCAAUCGAGCUUUUAGGAGCAAUGGCUUAUUGCGCCCCCAAACAACUUUCUGCCGCGCUGCCAACGAUUAUUCCAAGCCUCAAUGAACCGCUUAAAGACUCGCACACUCAAGUGCGACAGUCGGCCGAGCGAGCCAUCAAGGGCUUUGGAGAGGUCAUUCGCAACCCUGAGAUCAAGAAGCUGGUACCCACCCUCCUCAAAGCACUCAUCGACCCAAAUGCAAAGACGGCCACGGCACAGUCACGGCUGCUCAAGACUACCUUUGUGCACUACAUCGACGCCCCCUCUCUGGCAUUGGUGAUUCCAGUCAUCGAUAGAGGCAUGCGAGAGAGGAGCGCUCAAGUGCAGAAAGACGCCGCAAAAAUUGUGGGCAACUUGGCCAGUCUGACCGAUGCCAAGGACUUCACACCUUACUUGCAAACCUUGGUGCCUCUGAUUCGGACUGUGCUGGUGUCGCCCGUUCCAGAAGCCAGAGCUGUCGCUGCCAGAGCUCUCGGCACCUUGGUGGAACGCCUUGGGGAGGUCUACUUUGUCGAGCUGGUGCCCAGCCUGCUCCAAGUGCUGCGCUCGGAUGCGACGGGAGUGGACAGACAGGGCUCUGCGCAGGGUCUGGCCGAGGUGCUGGCAGCGCUUGGCAUGGAGCGCAUGGAGUCGUUGCUACCCGAGCUGAUUGCGCAAGCGAGCAGCAGCAGACCGUACGUGCGUGUCGGACAUCUCACGCUGCUCAUUUAUCUGCCCGCCACCUUUGGCGUUCGUUUUGCUGUGCACUUGCCACGCAUCUUGCCGCCAAUCGUCUCGGGCAUCGCAGAUGAAAGCGAGAGUGUGCGCGAAGUGUCCAUGCGCGCGGGUAGAAUGGUCAUUGCUCAGUACUCGUCCGAAGCUCGACAAUUGCUCCUUCCAGAGCUCGAGCGCGGCAUGUUCGACGAGAGCUGGAGAGUGCGUCUCUCUUCCAUCCAGCUCGUUGCUGAACUAUUGUACAAGCUCAGCGGCAUCUCUGGCGCGAAUGAUGUUGCCGAUGACGAAGAGGGCGGCGAAGGAAAUGAGGAGAACGCUGUGGUAGGCAAUUCGAUCCAGCGCCAGCUCAUGGAGUCCCUUGGCAAGGAAAGAAGAGAUCGCAUCCUUGCUGGCAUCUAUAUCCUGCGCCAAGACUCUGUCAUCAACGUGCGCCAGACUGCGCAGAAUGUUUGGAAGACGCUCGUCGCGAAUACUCCCCGGACGGCUCGCGAGGUGCUUGCAGUGAUGCUGGAUCUGAUCAUUCAGGUGAGUGCACAUUGGUGUGCCAAUGCAAAUGGGCCAGCUGGACUGAGCAGCGUCACCUUACUUUGCACAGGCUCUGGCUGCCGAAGGCGUGGAGCAAGGAGAGAUGGCCGGAAGAACGCUCGGCGAGCUCGUUGCAAAGCUGGGAGAGCGCAUUCUUGGAGAGUGCAUUCCUCUCUUGCGGCUCAAAGGCGCCGAAGCAUCCGAUGCGCAGCUCCGGGCAGGUGUCUGCUUCGCUGUCACAGAAGUUCUGUCGGCAGCAACGAGAUGUGAGUGCACUGGCUCGGUCAUGCGCUCGCCCGAUGCUCAUCAACUAGACUUUGUCACACAGCGCAAUUGGAUGAUCACGAAGACAGCCUCAUCGCCAUUGUUCGUCACGGCUUGGUCGACGAAUCUGCCAAAGUACGGCAGGCCGCGGCGUCCGCAUUCGAUGCUCUGCAGCGCGUCAUCGGACCUCGAGCUAUUGACGAGACCAUCCCAACCUUGCUUGGUGCACUACAGGAGGGCACCGGAAGCUCAGAGACUGCACUCGCUGCCCUCCGCGAAGUCAUGCGUGCUCGUGGCGACGUGGUGUUCCCCGUGGUGGUCCCCACUCUCACGAAGCAGCCCAUCUCUGCCUUUAAUGCCCGCGCGAUCUCUGCCCUUGUGCGCGUUGCAGGCAGCUCGCUCACCAAGAAGUGCGUAUCUGAAUGGAGUGCUGCACCAAAUCAAUGUCAUCGAUCCAAAGCUGACUGUACCUGCAUUCUAUCAACAGAUUGUCGAGCAUUCUCGGAGCUUUGUCGACCUCGCUAGAGAAGGAAGCGGAUGAGAAGACGCGAUCCGACCUCGAGGGCGCAGUUUCGAGCAUUCUGAGCUCGGUCUCUGACUUUGAGGGUCUGCAUCAGCUUAUGCUACUCUUGCUCGGCUGGGCAGGCGAUAAUGACAACCCUCAGCAGCGAGUACGAGGCUGCCGAUUCUUUGCCACCUUUUGCGCUGUCAAACGUGGCGAUGUCGAUAUCAGCGACUACCACCAAGACUGGGUGCGCCGCCUACUGUCGCUCUUCGAAGAUCGCACAUCGGAAGUGGUGGACGAGGCAUGGACAGCUUUGGACGCGCUGCUCAAAACAGUUCCAAAGGGCGAGGUUGAGAAUCUCGUGGUGCCCAUGCGCCGAACACUCGAGACGACUGGUGCACCGGGAGAAGAACUGCCGGGAUUGUGCAGACCAAAAGGACCUGCGCCCCUGGUGCCCGUCUUUCUUGCAGGCUUGCUAAACGGGACGGCCGAGCAGCGCGAACAAGGAGCGUACGGUCUGGCCGACAUCGUGGAGCGGACGUCGGCGGACGCGAUCAAGCCAUUCGUCAUUCAGAUGGUUGGUCCGCUGAUCAGAGCGUGCGGUGAUCGACACCCUGGCGCUGUGAAAGCUGCAAUUCUGGUCUCUCUCACAACCACCCUGCGAGUCGUUCCUCAACACACCAAGGCAUUCCUUCCUCAACUUCAGCGUUCUUUCCAAAAGGCCGUCUCGGACGCCUCUUUGAACGUGCGGUCCAAGGCUGCCACCGCGCUGGGCGUGUUGAUGGCGUUGCAGGCGCGUGUCGACCCAGUGAUCUUGGAGCUCGUGGCAGGAUCGCGACCUGCUGUGGGAGGACCUGCCCCUGCUGCGGCAGCGAGCGCAGCUGGAAGUGCCCAGACCGGCCCGGUGCCAGAUGCAAAGACGUUGGCAGAAUCAUCACUCUCCGCCCUUGCGCAGGUUCUGGCAGCGGCACCAGCGAAGAACAUUGGUGCUGCGGCUAGAGAAGCGGUGAGCGGUUUGGUGGAAGAAGCCUUUCAGGAAUGCGCUGCCUCCGGUACCAAUGCGGUCAAGGAUGGAGCCAAGGUGGUGCUAGCCGACGUGUUUGGCGCACUCGUCGCACUGGCCGAUCCUCGGACUGCGGAAGGAGCACCGGGAACGAAGCGCAUCUUUGCGGAUUACAUUUCGCAAGAUGCACCAGAGGCGCAGCUGGCAAGUCUGUGCUUGGCUGCGAGCUUGGAGAGAGCAAGCGAGCAGACUUUUGUCAUCGAUUCACCUACCCGCUUGGCUCGUGCGGUGGGUCACUGGUGCACUGGCGACGCUUCGGUCGCGCGACCUGCCAGACAAUCGCGAGAUAUCAUGCAGGGUCAGUCUCCUUGGAAGGACAAUGCAGAUGUGCUUGAUGUAUUGUAA